GAAGUGACGUAGAAGCAGACAGAAUUGGAGGGUUCGGGUAAAAAUGGCUGAAUAUUUAGCUUCGAUAUUCGGGACUGAGACGAACAAGAUCGGGGCCUGCCGGCACGGGGACCGAUGCCCCCGCAUUCAUAACAAACCGACCUUCAGCCAGGUCACGUGAGCGACGUGGAGGUGCAGGAACACUAUGAUAACUUCUUUAAGGAGGUGUUCACAGAACUGCAGGAGGAGUAUGGGGAGAUUGAAGAGAUGAACGUGUGCGACAACCUAGGGGACCGCGUCAUGGGCAAUGUCUAUGUCAGGGUGCUUGCUGACCCUCCCUAGAGCCCAGAGGUGGAAGCUUUUAAUGUCUCAUGGCCACCACUGAAGCCUCACAGCUUGAGAGGUUCAUCACUAAAUCCAGUCCAGCCCCAGAGCUGCUAACUAGUUCCCUGAAGAUCUCUGAGUUCUGCUGCUGACCCUGACUGACUUCCCCCUCAGUUCCGACAGGAGGAGGAUGCAGAGCAGGCAGUGGCUGAACUCAAUUAUCGCCAGUUCAAGGGCCAGGCUGUGCAUGCUGAGCUGUCUCCUGUCACUGACUUCCAGGAGUCAUGCUGUCGGCAGUAUGAGAUGGGGGAAUGUACCCAUGGUGCCUUCUGCAACUUCAUGCACCUGCGACCCAUUUCCCAGAACCUCUGGCAACAGCUACGGGCAGGAACCCAGUAGCAGGUACCUCGGGACCAGCCUGCCAAGACUCCUAAGGCCCUUAUACCCUGAGAUGAGCCUACCCUAAGUUGCAAUAACAGUGUCCCAAGACUCUUGUACCCUAAGAAUAGUCCUGAGCCCCAUCUGGAGAUCACCUGAGUCCCAACCCCUAAACCAGCCUGAACCCCAAAUCUAAGACCAGCCUGGAUCUCCAACCCCUGAUAUUAGCCACUGUGUACCUAUCCUGAGACCACCUGCUAGAACCCUAGUUAUUUCUGCACCUCUCCUGCCCCAUCCCAGAGCACAGAGGCAGGCCUCGGGGCCCUUUGCACCACUCCUCACAGCUCUAUCCCAACUCUUUCUGCCCCUAUUCCCCGGUCACCCCCGAGGUCCUAAACUGGCCACCAACCCCAAGAAAGGAACCAGUGGCAUUCCCUAUAUCACUGUCAUGGUUGCUUCUGAGAUUCUGGCCCCUUUCCCUUCGCUCCUGACAGGCACAGAUGUUCUGGCCAGGACCCUUCUCAAAGUCCUCUUCACUUUCCAGCUCUACCAUCCCCAGGUUCUGGGGCUCCAUAAUGUAGUCUGUUCAAUAAAGACCUCCUACCACCCCUGCCCUAAUAAAGUUCUAGAUUGGUGGUUUAGAGCUUUGUUUUUAACUUGCCGGAGUUUCCUUCCACCCACAAGUCAAAUGACGAAAGGGGAUGUGGGCUGGCUUUCAGCCAUAACUUCUGAUGAUGAGGAACUUCGAACAGGUUGGAGAACUGCGCAAACCCUUUGGCCCUAUUUCUGCAUUUGAGGUGGGGGUAUACUUGUGCUGGAAACCUCAGUACCUCCCUGAGGCUUCUUCAAGAGGAAGAUGCCUGGUUGUGGCAGAGGGGCCUGGGAAUCCUGCUGCCCCACAUAAACUGCGUCCUUCUGCUCGGGCUCCCUGGAAAGUGCGACAGAGGCGCUGCGGUGGAAGUCCCGCGACCAAGGUCCCCUAGGCUUCGGUCCCCAGCUACAUGGGGCCCAGGCGCCUCCUCCUGACAGCCGCCGUGCUGCUACUGGCCCUGGCGGCGAGGCGGGAAGCCUCGGAGUACUGCGGCCGCCUUGAAUACUGGAACGCAGACAACGAGUGCUGCGGCAGCUGCCUGCAGCGCUUCGGGCCGCCGCCCUGCCCGGACUACGAGUUUGCGGAAAACUGCGGGUUCGAUGACUACGGCGAUCUCAUAACGCACCCGUUCCGAGAGUGUUCUCCUGGGCAGUGCAACCCCGACGGCGCGGAACUAUGUGGCCCCUGCGACGGCGGAACCACGGUCUCCACUCCAGCCACUCCCGCCUUCAGCCGGGGUGGAAGCCGGUUGCGCUGCAGAGAGAGGCCGGUCCCUGCUAAGGGGUACUGCCCGCUGACACCUGGAAACCCGUGCGCCCCCAGCUCCCCAGCGAGUUCCAGUUCCUCAAAGACAUCUGAGCGCGAUGCCUCUCAGGAGGCUUUGCCGAGUUUUGUCCUGCCCUUGGUCUUGCUCCUGCUCCUGACCUGGGCAGUGAUAGUGAUCCUCCUGCUGGCUCUGCGGAUGCACCUCUGCCGGCACAAGGGUAAAGCUGUCCCCUUUCCCCCUCUUGGUUCGGUUUGUGGAGGCCCCAGUGCCCACACCCUCUCCUCCUUGCUCUCUCCCCCAGGUGCCCUGGAGGCGUUGGAGACGGGGAAGGCAGGGAAGGUCUCUCUGCUUCCACUCCAGAGCAAGGAGCUGCCCAGCCUGGCGUCACAGCCCCUGUCGCGCCUCCUGGAUGAGCUGGAGGUGCUGGAGGAACUGAUUGUCCUGCUGGACCCUGAGCCUGGGCCAGGUGGGGGCAUGUCGUGUGGCACUACUCGACACCUGGCCGCAAGAUAUGGGAUGCCUGCUACCUGGUCCACCUUCACCUACUCACUGCGGCCAAGUCGCUCACCGCUGCGGGCUCUGAUUGAGAUGGUGGUGGCAAGGGAGCCUUCUGCCUCUCUCGGCCAGCUUGGCGCACACCUAGCCCAGCUAGGGCGGGCAGAUGCGCUGCAGGUGCUGUCCAAGCUUGGCUGAGCUGGGGUUUGCUAAGCCUAGUACUCAAUAACAUUUCUUUUGAAAUAAAUGCCUGUCUCUGCUCCUCA